GCUCCUUUUCGGCCGUAGCUGCCUCCACGCGAGCAUGCCUCUCGCAAAAGAUCUCCUGCAUCCCUCCCCUGAGGAGGAGAAGAGGAAGCAUAAGAAGAAGCGCCUGGUCCAGAGUCCCAACUCUUACUUCAUGGAUGUGAAAUGUCCAGGUUGCUACAAAAUCACCACUGUCUUCAGUCAUGCCCAGACAGUAGUGCUCUGUGUCGGCUGCUCAACCGUACUGUGCCAGCCCACUGGGGGAAAGGCGAGGCUGACAGAAGGAUGCUCCUUCAGGCGAAAGCAGCAUUAAAUUACUGAUCCUUGUCCCAGAUGGGUGGGGCUAUGUGCACAGUUGCCAGCUCAGAGGCUGAAGAUCUCAAGAACAUGGAUGGAUGGAGUCCGAUACAGAUAAAUGUGAGCUGAAACUUUGUGACUCUUGAGGGCUACUCCUGCUGUUGCCUCCUAUGGAAUAGGAUUAAACGGUGGCUAUCACACUGUCCCUGUAGCCUCACCCAUUUGACUCAAUAAAUUUUGGAUAUAUAAAGACAA